CACCACCACCACACGCACCACCCCCCGCCCGCCAUCAUGACCACCACCACCGCCCGCGAGCACCUGCUGGUGGUGCGCCGCCGUAGCCCCCACAUGCGCUACACCCUCAGCCCCGAGAACCUCCGCACUCUCUCCGCCCAGGGUGGAGGCGGCAGUGGGGGCCCGAGCGGCGGAGGAGCCGGCGGCGGCGUCGGAGGCUCCCGCUCGGGCCCGGGCGACGGCGGCGCACCUCUGGGCCUGCAGCGGGCCAACAGCGACACGGACCUGGUGACCUCGGAGAGCCGCUCGUCGCUGACGGCGUCCACCUACCAGUACACGCUGGGCCGCGGCCAGAACCUGGUCAUCUCCUGGGACAUCAAGGAGGAAGUGGACGCCACCGACUGGAUUGGCCUGUACCAGAUCGAUGAGACGUGUCCGGCUAAUGUAUGGGACUCGAAGAACCGCGGGGUGAACGGCACGCAGAGGGGGCAGAUCGUCUGGAGACUGGAGCCGGGGCCCUACUUCAUGGAGCCCGAGACUAAGAUCUGCUUUAAAUACUACCAUGGAGUGAGUGGAGCCCUCAGAGCUACAACUCCCUGCAUUACAAUCAAGAACCCUGGAGUUCCAGCGGGUGCAGAGGGUCAAGUGGAUGGCCAUUCCGUGACGGAACACUGUCGGAAGCUGGUCAGCUUCACUCUGUCAGACAUCCGUGCCCAGGGCCUGAAAAAGGGCAUGUUCUUCAACCCUGACCCCUAUCUGAAGAUGUCCAUUCAGCCGGGGAAGAGAGGCAACUUCCCCACGUUCACCCACCACGGCCAGGAGAGGAGAGCCUCCAUCAUCACCAACACCACCAACCCUGUGUGGCACGGAGAGAAGUAUACGUUUGUGGCUCUCAUGACGGACGUUUUGGAAAUCGAGGUCAAGGACAAGUUUGCCAAAAGUCGCCCAAUCAUCAAGCGCUUUCUAGGUCAGCUGACCAUCCCUGUGCAGAGACUCUUGGAGAGACACGCCUCAGGAGACCAGCCCGUGAGCUAUACCCUGUGUCGGCGGUUGCCCACAGAACACGUCAGUGGCCAGCUUCAGUUCAGAGUGGAGAUCACGACAGGACAUGAAGAUCUGGUGGGCUCUAUCCUGGGCGCCUCCUCUAUGAACGGGGACCCGGGGAGCCCAUCUGACGACGAGGACAUGCUCCACCCCACCUCCUCGUCCCGCCUCCUCCGUGGCCCCUCCCCCACCGGCUCCGAGGACUCCCUGCACGGCGACGCCCUCCACAACGGCAACGGCGCGGAAGACGACCGCCUGCGCGAGCUCCGGACGGGGGCCAACGGCGGGCCGGACGACUCGCCGGACGACCCCCUCGGCGGCCACACCCACCGGCAGGUGUCCCUCAACGACUACCUGGACGCCAUCGAGGCCCCCAAGGGGCCCGGAGAGAGGCCCUUAGGGGCCGCCUCGCCCAAGCUGCGCUCCAGCUUCCCCACCGACACGCGGCUCAACGCCAUGCUGCACAUCGACUCGGACGAGGACGAGGAGGGCGCCGCGUCGCGGAGCAGCAGCAGCGCGGCCGAUGCCCACCCGCCGGCCCUCACCAACGGGGCGCCGACGCCACCAGCGGCCACCGCAGCAGCAGUGCCAGGCUCAGCAGUGCCAGGCCCGGUGGUGGUGGCGACGGUGGCAGCGCCAACGGUGGUAGUAGCAGCGGCAGCCCCAGCGGUGAAGGCAGCGGAGGGACAGGCCUCCUCGGAGCAGACGCAGGAACAGGAGCAGAGCGAGGAGGCGAAGAAGAAGAAGAAGAAGACGACGACGGAGAGAGAGGAGGGGGAGACAGCGGCGGGGGCGAGCGCAGAGGCAGCGGGAGGAGCAUCAGGAGGAGCAGCAGGAGCGGGAGGAGGAGCGACAGGAGCGACAGGAGCACCUGAGACCGGAGAGACACAGAGAGAGGGCGGAGGAGAGGACAGAGCGGAGGAGAGUGGAGCAGAGGAGGCAGCAGGGGCUACUGGAGGGGCCUCACCGGGCCCCCGCGCUGAAGCCUCCACUGCACAGGUGCAGAAGGGAGAGGAGAAAACAGAAGAGGCAUCAGAGAACAGACCCACAGAGGCAGAGACCUCAGAAGAACCAAGGGGAAGUGAUGCAACAGAGGCCACGCCGUCGACCAAUAACGUCGCCGAGGAAGGAGGGGCCACCGCUUCCAGCCAAUCGGGACAGGCUAACGAGGAGGAGGGGGAGGAGGGAGAGGAGGUGUGGCAGAGGAGGAGGAGCCUACAGGCGUCUGCGAAUGCCAGUCAGGAGGAAGCGGCGCGGUCCAACGAGGCAAGCGGGCCCGCCGCCGAAUCAGGACAGGUUGCCAUGGAAACAGAUGGAGGGUUAGCCGGGGCCCAGGUGAAUGGUCAUCAGGGUGUCCGCUCCCUCCCCUCGGUGAGACACGAGAUCAGCCGCUACCAAAGAGUGGACGAGCCCCUGCCUCCUAACUGGGAGGCGCGUAUAGACAGCCACGGGCGCAUCUUCUACGUGGACCAUGUGAACCGCACCACCACGUGGCAGAGGCCCACCGCUCCCCCCGCCCCUCAGGUGCUGCAGCGCUCCAACUCCAUCCAGCAGAUGGAGCAGCUCAACCGCAGGUACCAGAGUAUCCGCCGCACCAUGACCAAUGAGAGGACAGACGAGCAGGCGGCAGAGAUGCCCCCAGAGGACAGCGAUCUCAUGCACCACGCAAUACCUGAGUACCGGAGGGACAGUGUGGUGCCCCCCUCCAGCUCCCGUUCACGUCUCUCUCUGCUACUGCAGUCCCCCAGCGCCAAGUUCCUCACCAGCCCCGACUUCUUUGCUGUGCUGCAUUCCAACCCCAGUGCCUACCGCCUGUUUACAAGUAACACCUGCCUGAAGCACAUGAUCAGUAAGGUGCGUCGGGACACGCACAACUUUGAGCGCUACCAGCACAACCGCGACCUGGUCACCUUCCUCAACCUGUUUGCCAACAAGCAGCUGGAGCUCCCCCGCGGCUGGGAGAUGAAGCACGACCACACUGGAAAGCCUUUCUUUGUGGACCAUAACUGCCGCUCCACCACCUUCAUCGACCCCCGUCUGCCCCUGCAGAGCGCCCGGCCCAGUAGCCUGCUGGCCCACCGCCAGCACCUGAGCCGCCAGCGCAGCCACAGCGCCGGGGAGGUGAGCACCCGACGCAUGGUGGGAGAUGACCCACGGCACGGUGGACCCCCGGUUCUGCCUCGGCCCUCCAACACAUUCAACAACCGGAACCAAUGCCAGGACGUGGUGCCCACAGCCUACAAUGACAAGAUUGUGGCGUUUCUACGGCAACCCAGCAUCUUCGAUAUCCUGCAGGAGAGACAGCCGGAGCUCAUCAGAAAUCACUCACUCAGGGAGAAGGUGCAGUUUAUCCGUAAUGAAGGAGCGUCUGGUCUGGCUCGUCUUUCCAGCGAUGCUGACCUCGUCAUUCUGCUAAGUCUGUUUGAAGAGGAAGUGAUGUCGUACGUGCCGCCCCAUGCCUUACUGCACCCCAGCUACUGCCAAUCACCGCGAGGCUCGCCAGUCUCCUCCCCCCAAAACUCUCCCGGCACACAACGAGCGAACGCACGCGCCCCGGCUCCAUACAAACGCGAUUUCGAGGCCAAGCUGAGGAAUUUCUAUCGCAAAUUAGAGACGAAAGGUUAUGGACAGGGACCAGGGAAGGUUAAGUUGAUCAUACGCAGAGACCAUCUUUUGGAAGAUGCCUUCAACCAGAUCAUGUGCUACUCCCGUAAGGACCUGCAGAGGAGCAAGCUCUAUGUCAGCUUUGUGGGGGAGGAGGGGUUGGACUACAGCGGCCCGUCGAGAGAGUUCUUCUUCCUGGUGUCCCGCGAGCUGUUUAAUCCGUACUACGGGCUGUUCGAGUACUCAGCCAACGACACCUACACCGUGCAGAUAAGCCCCAUGUCCGCCUUUGUGGAUAACCAUCACGAAUGGUUCCGGUUUAGCGGGCGGAUCCUGGGCCUGGCCCUGAUCCAUCAGUACCUGCUGGACGCCUUCUUCACCCGGCCCUUCUACAAGGGACUCCUGCGCAUCCCUUGUGAUUUGAGUGAUCUGGAGUACCUGGACGAGGAGUUUCACCAGAGUCUGCAGUGGAUGAAGGAUAACGACAUCGAGGAUAUUCUGGACCUCACCUUCACUGUCAACGAGGAAGUCUUUGGCCAGAUCACGGAGCGUGAGUUGAAGCCGGGCGGCGCGAACAUCCCCGUGUGUGAGAAGAACAAGAAGGAGUACAUUGAGCGCAUGGUGAAGUGGCGCAUCGAGAGAGGCGUGGUACAGCAGACGGAGAGCCUGGUCCGCGGCUUCUACGAGGUGGUAGAUGCACGACUGGUUUCAGUAUUUGACGCCCGGGAGCUGGAGCUGGUGAUUGCUGGCACAGCAGAGAUUGAUCUGGCAGACUGGAGAAAUAACACGGAGUAUAGAGGAGGUUACCAUGACAACCACAUAGUGAUCCGCUGGUUCUGGGCCGCCGUCGAGAGAUUCAACAACGAGCAAAGACUCCGACUGCUGCAGUUUGUGACGGGCACCUCCAGUAUCCCCUACGAAGGCUUCGCUUCCCUCCGGGGCAGCAACGGCCCGCGACGCUUCUGCGUGGAGAAGUGGGGGAAGAUCACCUCUCUACCCAGAGCUCACACCUGUUUCAACCGGCUGGAUCUGCCGCCCUACCCCUCGUUCUCCAUGCUGUACGAGAAGAUGCUGACGGCCGUGGAGGAGACCAGCACCUUCGGCCUGGAGUGACCUCUCACCCACGACCCCGCGAACUCCCCGCUGGCCCGCUCCAGACUGCUGCUCGACCUCCACGACCCUGGGCCCCGGGCCCUGCCACUCUCCCUCUCCCUGUCCCUUUCCAAAGGUCUACAAGUGAAAGGACUCUACGUCAGGGGCCUGUUCACUGACCCACAGCUAGACUCAAAGGCCAUUGGAGCACGUUCAAAAAAAAAAAAAAAAAAACACGCCAUCAGGUAACACAGCCUCUCACACACACACACACACACACACACACACAUCCUCACUGUAGAGAAGUUUACGAUUACAAGACACUCACACAGAGAGACACUUCUGUGCACACACACACACACACUCACACACACACACACACUCACAUGCGCCCCACACAUCAUCACCCCUUCUCCAACCUUGUGCCUGGAGGGAAAUGGUGGACAGAUUUGAGCUCCUUUAAAACAAACAGGGUUUAAGGACCUAAAUGUUCUAGAGCCUCAAGAGAACCCCCUCUUGUAUGCUGGACUCCCACCGGGGAACCGGGAGUGGAACCGAUCACAGAUAGGAAGGAACAAAGGUUGGUGUGUGACGCCUUGUUUCUUGAAAAUGUCACCAAGGAAUGGGCGAAAGGGAACUUGAAGAAGAGGUGAACGUCACUACAGGAAGAAGGAAGUCCCUGAAGGAAGAGAGACUUUUUCAAACUGAAGGGGGAAAGCUUCAUCCCCAGUCUGUAAACCUUGUGAAGGUGUAUGAAGGUGUGCGCCAACGAGAGAUGUGGUGUGAUAACCCUCCCACGGGGAAGCUUGGACGGAGCUCUUCUGUCUUUCUAUACGAACCAAACUUUUUUUUUGUACCAAAACACGACAAUAUCAUCAUGUGAAUGUACAGCGAGAUAUUGUGUCACUCGAUCACAGCUUUUCUUGUAGUGGCUUUUUGCUUACCUGGGGAAAAAGGACUUCAGUGAGACCAAAACAACCGGACUUUAAUAUCUGGUGUAGGCACCUCAUUUUUGACAUUUUCACACUCAGCCUCCCUUAGUUCUUGAUGUAAUGCUGGCUUUUUCACCAUUAUAUUAUUAAUAUGUUAUGUUAUUUUAAACAUGGUCAGUAUCUACAUAGUUUUACUUUGUGAAUGAUGUUUCUUUGAGUUAAUCGUUUUAUUUUCUUUAUUUUAUUUUGCUGGUAGAUUUGAGUGUCUGCAAUGCAGAAUGUGUCAUGGUCUAUCAGGUUUUGGAGAACGUUGUUGAAGUUCCACACUAAUGCACAUUUGUUUAUAAUAGGAGCACAGGGCACCAUGCUACACACACACAUUACGCACAUCUGUGUACCAAACCACAAACGCAUGGAAACCUAGAAUGAACGUGUAUGUCAUUGGAAAAACAUGACUGAUGCAAGGCUCGUCUGGAGGGAAACCUGCUCUCUGACAGAUUGAAGAGUCAACACACACACACACACACACACACACACACACACACACACACACACACACACACACACACACACGCACACACUGUGUCUUUGCAUUUCAGUCUCAAUAUCCAAAACAAUGUAGAAGAUUUCAUCUACAGUGACUUUCAGAUAUCAUUCUUCAGAUCUCUGAUGGGCGAUAAGGAGCACAGAAGAAACACUAGAUCAAACAGGGGGGCUUCCACAGUCAUUACAGGGGUUAUCAUAUCUGGGAGCACGUUCUCUCAUUUACACAAUAUAACAGUCUCACCUCACCUCAGAGUAUUACAGUGCAGACAUUUGAUCCAACUUCACCAUUAGUUAUGUUAGGCCUGGAAUGUGACUGUCAUUUAUGUUAAAUGAAGGACACACCUUAUAUUUGUUCUCUUUGUUUUUCUCAAAUCCGUUUCCUCAGUUGUCAUGUACACACACGUCCUGAUGAUCACAUCUAAUGGGAACAUCAUUCCCAUCAAUGUGUAUCAAACACAUUCAUCUCCUUGGAUACACCAUAUCUGUUACACCUGGGCAUGCUCACCUGUGCCUACACUCUUGGGGGGGAGGGGAAGAAUUCCAUCUAGAAUGCUUCAGGGUUGGUCAAGCCUUUGAGAGUUCUUCAGAUUACCAGCUUGGGGGGCUAACUAUCAGGCAUGAUUAACAGGCUACAUACUGCAGUCUUUUUUAGCAUAGACUUCUUUGUGUAGAUGAAGCUGUUUUUAGAACAGAACCCCUUGAACUCAUGUUCUUUUUUUCCCAGGAGUGUAGAGUCAACAAAUAACAUGUUACUUUGAGGUCUCCAGAUAUCUGGAAUGUUACCGUGUCACUUUUGUAACAAGUUUGUCAGAAUGUAAGAGAAGUAGAAGUAAUGUCACGCUCCGCAAUGUUGGCAAAAGGCCGGUGUGUAAGCUCAUGUGGCCUAAGUUUACUUAGUAAAGCAUUUGCGUUUGAUAACUCUCUUUCCCACUCUCUCUACUCUCUCUUUCGCUCUCUGUCUCUCCCUUUCUUUCUGUCUUUUUUUCUCUCUCUCUCUCUCGCUCUCAUUUUUCUGUCCGCAAUGCCUGUGUAGAUGUUGCACUGAAUGUACCAAAGGCAUCAGGCUGACUAGGACUACCCCUUAGUCAUAUCUUCAAUACACUCUGCUUUUUUUUAUCCUCACCACCAAACAAUUACGAGCUAUAAGCUAGACAAUACCCAGGUCUCACAGGCAUUGACGGCUGGUGCAGUAGACUACGCUAUGCUCCUAAAAAACAGAUGAGCUCAGAGACAUUGGGGCUGUGCAAUAGGGCCCUUGUGGGAAUCCUUGUAGUCUAUUUGGACGUUGUGAACUCAUCCAAAAACAUUGUUUUAUUGACGACGACUUUGUACAUUGAACCAGUUGAAAAUUUUGAAUGAUUAAAAACCUAUUUGUAACUUCUAACCACAUACAUUUAGUUCCAUCAGAGGUGGUUAAUUGAUUCUGAAUUUGUUUGUAUGGAUAAACAGUGAUUGGGGCCAUGCAGACACAGUCAAUUUUGUGAAUGAUAGUUUUCUGCACCCAUGUAACCUUUUUCUAAAUAUUGCCACCUUUAUGUAUUUAUUUUGUACUGGGACGUAGUAGUCCUUGACACCCCGUUAUGUGAUUGGAUGGCCUCUGUGUCUCCAGUUCCUGCCACUCUUCUGAUUGGGCCUGGGUGACGCCUGUCAGUGCACAUGCUCCACUCUAUGCAAGGCUGUUUCUCCUCAUGUCACCACUGAUUGUAUAAAAUAUGAAAACUG